AUGCUUUGUAGCCCAUCCACUGCUGCUGCUCCGCAAGCUCCGAAUCAUGUAACCGGCUUCAGGAGUUCCACUGUCUAUCAAGUUAUCGAGAAGAACUCCUUAAAGCCAGGAAGCACUAACGAAACCAUUAAUUGCCACAUUUUAUCUUAUCGAUGUGGCUUCCUGUACCCAUACAUCACUCAAACAUGGCGAAUCCGUAUGGGAAGCAGCAAAAUUUCAUGUCAUGCGACAUGA